CUCGGUGCCACCCUGGCAAACGCCAAGAUGGAGAGAAUGGUUCUUGCUCAUGUGCUCGCCGUCUGCGGGUCCUUUCUCGUGCUCGUCAGUGCUCAGGAUCCGGACGCUCCCUACGAAGACUGGUCGGGCCUCACCAAUCCGGGCAGGACGGCCGUGGAUAAGUUCGUCAAGUCGCUGCCAGAGCUCGAGGAGGACCCCGCCAUGACAGGGGAAGACCCCACUCGCUACCGCCAUCCACGAGUGCGCACCAACUUUAUGUGGCUCAUGUGAGGACACACAACGGAGAGGGACGGCAAGGAAGGAUUGUGUUUGUGCUGUGAUGUGGUGUGGUGUGGUGGUUCUGGUGGUCAGGAUGGACUCUGUUGUGGUCGACGGGAAAUGUACGCAACUACACAACGCACAGAAAGGGGCUGCAGUGGGCCGUGUGUGAUGUGUUGUCGCAUAGGUAUAUGCCUGUACGAGACCGAUCACCCUACCCCGUUUGACCACGGCGUCGGCGGCUGGAAUGUGCACGGUGACCCGGCCGGGCCGGACGAGUGGAGCAUCCGAGAGAUCUGCACACAGCGGGCCGCCAUUGCCGGCGAGGACUUCCAAGUGCAGGCAGUCUUCAACGACAUCCAGUGCGGUCACGGCCCGCCCAUCGAGACCGACCUUAAGGACGAGCAGGACGCCUGCAGGCGGGCCCUUUUCAUAUCUGACGUCAACGCCCCAUACAUCACCAACGAGGGCACUGAAGAGGAGCCGUGCUUCAUGGGCCCUGAGUGGGACCUGGACAGCCUUGGACCCAAGACGAGCUCGAGGCUCAUGCGCUGAUUGCCCUCACUCACUGAGCGGCUCGGACAGACAGAGGAAGUGUAUUCGACUGAUGCCACCGGUGGCUGAGUGGAGUUCUGCUCAGUAUGUUGUGUGCUGCCUCCCG